CCGCAGACGCAGCGUCUGCAGGAGGAGGCUGCAGUCAGGACUCCCGUCACUGCAGACGCUGCAGCCUUUGUCUGCUCUCGGAAACAGCUUUACAUUUGAUUUAUAGCACGUCCAAAAGAGUUUUAGUGUUGGCAAACAUUAGACCAUGUCACGUUUGACCAAAAAACGACAGUUUUGAUCUUCAUCCUUACUUCCACCUCUAAAGAAAUGCUGUGUUUAGGAGAGUCAAUGGACUUCCUCCGGGACCACAUGCAGUCCAUGGUGAGGUCCUUGCAGGACUUGAAGGAGAUAAGCAGACCAAGGCCGCUCAGCGACCCCUGUGUGCGCCCUUUCCCCGCCACGCAGCUCUGCAAACGGCAGGCGCAGCCGGAGCAGCUCACCCGCCUGCGUUUUUCCGACGCCAGCGAAUCCAACACAUACGACUCCGCCUGCUGUCUGGCAGAGGAGCAGGAGCAGCAGGAGCACGAGCGGUCGGCACAAGGCUCCCCCAGCAGCGAGCAGAGUGUGGACGUCGACUCGGGUUACUCAGAGGCUUCCUGGCAGGAUGAAGCUGUGGUGCUGAGAAGGACCAGGAACAUGCGGGUCUCCGCCUCGGCUUGCGUCCGCACAAACAGAGGACCGUCUUGUCGGGUCCGGCCAAAGUCAACCUCUGAUGCUUGCUUGGAACGUUGGACUUCAUUUGAAGCCAGUGAUCUGGAAGACUGGACCACAUCGCUGCUUAGCCGCAGCAGGACUCGGCAACCCUUAGUUCUGGGGGACAACAGUUUUGCUGACUUAAUAAAGAACUGGAUGGACUUGCCGGACUGCCCCGAGCCGGCAGAACUAAAGCCCAGCGCAGGCCGGCGUCUCGCCAAAGACAUUUUGGGCAACAUGAGGAGGAGGCUGGCAGGGAAAGCCAAAGGCGUGGAGCUCCGGCGGAGGCCGGCAGACUUCAGGAGGCUGGACAGGGAUGCAGAGGCUCUCCAACGCAUGUCCUGUCCUGUUGAAGCUCUCACCCCAGUCUGUCCCCAGACUCACGAGGGGGACUCCGACUUCUACCAGUUCACUGCUCUGAUGAAGACUGGCAGUCGACAACCCAUCAUAUGCAAUGACAUUAUCGGAUACAUCUGAGAGCUGACAGCCCCCCCAGACUGACUGUUGUACUAAAAUCUCAUCAGCUUUCACUCUGUGUGGUGUUUCACUGCAGCAAUGAUUGUAAAUGUUCUGCCUUCUGCCAAAGUUUGCUCUGGGAUCAAUCAUUCGGUUAAAAAAAAAUCCCAAAUACGUUACAGUCUUUUCCUGUCUGUCAAGUUGUUUACUUGCAAGAAAAUAUUCUUAUUGUUUACAGAUUUCAUCAUAAUUUUCAAAUAAAAAGACGUUAAAAAA